AUGACGCCCGGGGCGCCUCUCCCGCGGCUGCUGGCGGCGAUCUGUGCGGCAGUGGCGGUGGCCGCGGCGGAUGCUCCGGGGACUGCGCUGCCUCCCGCAGCGGGAGACGCCACCUUGGCCUUCGUCUUCGAUGUCACCGGCUCCAUGUGGGACGAUCUGAUGCAAGUGAUCGACGGCGCCUCACGCAUUCUGGAGCGCAGCCUGAGCAGCCGCAGCCAGGCCAUCGCCAACUACGUGCUGGUGCCCUUCCACGACCCAGAUAUUGGCCCGGUGACCCUCACGGCAGACCCAGUGGUGUUCCAGAGGGAGCUGAGAGAACUCUACGUUCAGGGAGGUGGCGACUGCCCAGAGAUGAGUGUUGGGGCCAUCAAGGCUGCCGUGGAGGUUGCCAACCCCGGGUCCUUCAUCUACGUCUUCUCGGAUGCCCGCGCCAAGGACUACCACAGGAAGGAGGAGCUUCUGAGGCUCCUGCAGCUCAAGCAGUCGCAGGUGGUUUUUGUGCUGACGGGGGACUGUGGUGACCGCACCCAUCCUGGUUACCUGGCCUAUGAGGAGAUUGCCUCCACCAGCUCUGGGCAGGUGUUCCAGCUGGACAAGCAACAGGUGGCGGAGGUGCUAAAGUGGGUAGAGUCAGCGAUCCAGGCCUCCAAGGUACACCUGCUGUCUGCAGACCAUGAGGAGGAAGGCGAGCACAUGUGGAGAAUCCCUUUCGACCCCAGCCUGAAGGAGGUCACCAUCUCACUGAGCGGCCCAGGGCCUGAGAUUGAAGUCCGGGACCCACUGGGGAGGAUUCUGCAGACAGACGAGGGUCUCAAUGUUCUCCUCAGCAUUCCAGACUCAGCCAAGGUUGUAGCCUUUAAGCCUGAGCACCCUGGGCUAUGGGCCAUCAAGGUGUACAGCAGCGGCCGCCACUCAGUGAGAAUCACUGGCAUCAGCAACAUCAACUUCCGAGCUGGCUUCUCCACUCAGCCGUCUCUGGACCUCAACCAUACCAUCGAGUGGCCCUUGCAAGGGGUGCCCAUCUCCCUGGUGAUCAACUCUACGGGCCUACAGGCUCCAGGCCAUCUGGACUCCGUGGAGCUCUCGCACAGCUCUGGACGGCCCCUCCUCACUCUGCCUACUCGGCCCCUCUCCAAUGGAUCUACCCAUCAGUUGUGGGCUGGGCCACCCUUCCAUGUGCCGCAGGAGCGCUUCUACCUCAAAGUGAAAGGCAAAGACCAUGAGGGAAAUCCCCUCCUCCGGGUCUCUGGAGUUUCCUACAGUGGGGUGGCCCCAGGCGCACCUCUGGUCAGCAUGGCCCCCAGGAUCCAUGGCUACCUGCAGCAGCCUCUACUGGUCUCCUGCUCUGUGUACAGCACCCUUCCCUUCCGGCUACAGCUUCGGCGAGAUGGAUCCAGAUUGGGCGAGGAGAGGCACUUUCAGGAGUCAGGAAACAGCAGCUGGGAGAUCCCACGGGCCUCCAAGGCUGAAGAAGGCUUGUACGAGUGCAUGGCGGUCAGUAGAGCUGGCACGGGACGAGCCAAUGCUCAGAUCGUCAUCACAGACCCUCCACCACAGCUAGUCCCUGGCCCCAACAUGACGGUGUCCCCAGGGGAGACUGCCAUUCUGUCCUGCCAAGUCCUGGGCGAAGCUCCUUACAACCUGACAUGGGUCCGGGACUGGCGAGCCCUGCCAGCUUCGACAGGCCGAGUCACCCAGCUGGCUGACCUGUCUCUGGAGGUCAGCGGCAUCCUUCCCAGUGAUGGUGGGCGGUACCAGUGUGUGGCCAGCAAUGCCAAUGGCAUCACAAGGGCAUCCACCUGGCUCCUGGUGAGAGAGGCCCCUCAGGUCAGCAUCGAUGCCAGGUCGCAGCGCUUCUCCCAGGGUGUGGAGGUGAGGGUCAGCUGCUCAGCCUCAGGGUACCCUACUCCUCACAUCUCCUGGAGCCGAGAGGGCCUUGCCCUGCCAGAGGACAGCAGAAUCCACGUGGAUGCCCAGGGAACUCUGGUCAUUCAGAGCUUAGCCCCUGAGGAUGCUGGGAACUACAGCUGCCAGGCUACUAAUGAAGUUGGCACAGACGAGGAGACGGUCACUCUCUACUACACAGACCCACCAUCCAUCUCCGCUGUCAACGCUGUGGUACUUGCAGCCGUUGGGGAAGAGGCUGUGCUGCUGUGUAGGGCGUCUGGGGUUCCCCGACCCCGGGUCAUCUGGUAUCGAGGGGGCCUGGAAGUGAUUUUGGCUCCUGAAGGCUCCAGGUCUGGGACGCUGCGGAUCCCCGUGGCUCAGGAGAGAGAUGCUGGUGUCUACACCUGCCGAGCCGUCAAUGAGCUGGGUGACGCCUCUGCCGAAGUCCAGCUGGUGGUUGGACAUGCUCCCCGGCUGACAGAACUGCCCCGGAAUGUCACUGUGGAGUUGGGCAAGAGCGCCUUCCUUACCUGCCGGGCCACAGGCCGCCCACCCCCAACUGUCACCUGGCGUCGUGAAGAUGGGCAGGCCCUGGGGCCUGGGAGGGGCAGCAGAACUGGAAAGCGAGAUUCAGGAGUUCUGUUCUUUGAAAGUGUUACCCCGGAAGACCAGGCCCCAUAUGUGUGCGAAGCUCGAAAUAUCUUUGGAAGGGCCCAGGCUGAGGCCCGGCUCGUGGUCACUGGACGUGCUCCCCCACAGAUCGCCAGUGGCGCCCCCACAGUCCGAGUCCUAGAGGGACAGCCCGUGUCCCUGACCUGUGUCAUCCUGGCAGGAAGGCCCCUCCCAGAGAGACGCUGGCUUAAGGCUGGCCGGCCUCUCCCUCCAGGCAGCCGGCAUUCAGUUCGCACUGAUGGCAGCCUCCACAUAGACCGAGUUCUGCAGGAGGAUGCUGGGAGAUACAGCUGUGUGGCCACCAAUGUGGCAGGCUCUCAGCACCGAGACGUGGAGCUUGUGGUCCAUGUGCCUCCUAGAAUCCAUCCGACUGUCACCCACCAUGUCACCAAUGAAGGAGCCCCAGCCUCCCUCCCAUGUGUUGCCUCAGGCAUCCCCAUCCCCACCAUCACCUGGACCAAGGGAACCAACACUCUGAACACCAGGAGUCACUACAGCGUGAGCAGGGACGGCACUCUGGUCAUUGCCCAGCCAUCUGCCCAGGAUGCGGGGGCCUAUGUGUGCACCGCCACCAACAGUGUGGGCUUCUCCAGCCAGGAGAUGCGGCUGUCUGUCAACACCAAGCCCAAGAUCAAGACAAAUGGGUCCCAGAAUGUGGACUUGCCUCUGAGAGUCACAGUGAAGGCCGGUGAAGAGGUGACCCUGGAUUGUGAGGCCCAGGGCUCCCCACCCCCAAUGGUCUCUUGGACCAAGGACACCCGCCCUCUGCUGCACGUCAGUGACAGGCAUGACCUCCUUCCAUCUGGCUCCCUGCGUCUGGCCCAGGCCCAGGUGGGUGACAACGGCCGGUAUGAGUGCAUAGCCAGCAACCCUGCGGGCGCCGCAUCUCGCCGCUAUGUCCUGGGGGUGCAAGUCCCGCCUCAGGUGCAGCCGGGCCCUCGGGUCCUGAAGGUGUUGGCAGGAGAAGCCCUGGAUCUGAACUGUGUGGCUGAGGGCAACCCAGAGCCACAGCUGAGCUGGUUCAAGGAUGGGAAGGCCCUGCGGGGUGGGGAACUCCAGGGAUCCGUCCACUUUGCUGCCGUCAAGGCCUCUGACGCCGGGCCCUACCGCUGUGAAGCCUCCAGUAGUGCUGGCACGGAUGCUUGGGAGCUGGAGCUCCGAGUUCUGGAGCCACCGCACUGGGGGGCUGAUGAGACCAGUGGCCUGCUAGAGCGAGUAGCUGGAGAGAAUGCCAGCCUUCCGUGUCCUGCCCAAGGGACACCCAAGCCACAGAUCACAUGGCGGAGGAGCCCAUCCUCUGAGCCCCUGAACCGCCGGCCAGGUGUGGUAGUGUUGGACGAAGGGUCGCUGUUCCUGUCCUCGGUCUCUCUCUCGGACAGUGGAGAGUAUGAGUGCCAGGCCACCAACGAGGUGGGCUCUGCAUCCAGAAGAGCUAAGCUGGUGGUCUAUGUGCCCCCCGGCAUCCGAGAGGAUGGACAGAAGACCAAUGUGUCAGGCCUGGCUGGGCAGUCUCUGACACUAGAGUGUGAUGCAAAUGGGUUCCCAGCCCCCAAGGUUACAUGGCUCAAGGACGGGCAGCUGAUCCCAGAGGCAGGCAGCCACCACCUCCUGCAUGGGACCCGGUCCCUCCACUUCCCCAGGAUCCGGGAAGGUGAUUCAGGCCUCUACUCCUGCCGGGCGGAGAACCAGGCCGGGAGCACCCAGAAAGACUUCAGUCUCACUGUGCUCAUCCCUCCUUCCUUGCUGGGAGUUGGGGGAGCCCAGGAGGUGCUGGGCCUGGCUGGUGCAGAUGUGGAGUUGGAGUGUCGGACCUCAGGGGUCCCCAUGCCCCAAGUGGAGUGGACCAAGGAUGGGCAGCCCAUUCUCCCAGGAGACCCUCACACCCUGCUCCAGGAGGAUGGCCAGGUUCUCAGAAUCAUCAGCAGUCACCUGGGUGAUGAAGGGCAGUACCAGUGUGUGGCCUUUAGCCCAGCCGGCCAGCAGGCCAAGGACUUCCGGCUCAGUGUCCACUAUGGGGACCCAGAGGCCCAGAGAGGGAACAGGAGCUACCCCGGGUCAUACACGCUCCCCACCAUCUGGGGCUCUAACGAGACAGGCGAGGUGGCUGUCCUGGAGGGCCACAUGGUGCAGCUCCUGUGUGAAGCCCGAGGAGCACCAGCCCCUGACAUCACCUGGUACAAAGAUGGGGUCCAGCUGGCCCCCAGCAUGGAGGUGGUCUACAGCAGGGGUGGCCGGCAGCUACAGCUGAAGAGGACCCAGCGCUCUGAUGCUGGCCUCUACACCUGCCGGGCCAGCAACUCUGCAGGGGUCACCGAGAAAGCCACAAGGCUGGAGGUUUAUGUCCCACCCACCAUCGAGGGUGCUGAUGGAGGACCGUACAUGGUACAAGCUGUGGCCGGAAGGCCUGUGGCACUGGAGUGUGAGGCCAGAGGUCACCCACCCCCUACCCUCUCCUGGCAGCACGAAGGGCUGCCAGUGGUGGACAGCAACAGGACAUGGCUGGAGGCAGGUGGCGCCCUGUGGCUGGAGAGCCCAGGAGAGGCGUCUGGAGGCCUGUACAGCUGCGUGGCCAUCAGUCCCGCAGGCGAGGCUGUGUUGCAGUACUCCGUGGAGGUGCAGGUGCCCCCGCAGCUGCUGGUGGCUGAAGGCAUGGGCCAAGUGACCGCCAUCACAGGACAGACCCUGGACCUUCCUUGCCAGGCAUCGGGUUCCCCGAUGCCCACCAUCGAGUGGUUGCAGAAUGGCCGCCCAGCUGAGGAACUGGCUGGGGUGCAACUGGCCUCACAGGGAACCAUACUACACAUCAGCCGCGUGGAGCUGGGCCACGCCGGCCUCUUUGCCUGCCAGGCCACCAAUGACGCGGGGACAGCUGGGGCCGAGGUGGAGGUCUCUGUGCAUGAACUCCCAUCAGUGCACAUCAUUGGGGGUGAGAACCUGACAGCUCCUUUCCUGCAGCCUGUGAACCUCCAGUGUGUAGGUACCGGAGUGCCUACCCCAAGCCUCCGCUGGUGGAAGGAUGGUGUGGCCCUGGCAACCUCCGGGGGGAGCCUGCAGAUUGAGAAGGCAGACCUGAGGGAUGAAGGUAUCUACACCUGUGUCGCCACUAACCUGGCAGGAGAGAGCAACAGGGACGUGGCACUGAAGGUUCUGGUGCCCCCCAACAUCGAGCCAGGCCCAGUCAACAAGGCGGUGUUGGAGAACGCCUCGGUGACCUUGGAGUGUCUAGCUUCAGGUGUACCCCCUCCUGAUGUCUCCUGGUUCAAGGGCCGCCAGCCUAUCUCUACCCAGAUAGGGACUUCAGUGUCAGCUGAUGGGAGAGUUCUCCGCAUAGAGCGAGCCCAGCUUUCCCAUGCAGGAAGCUACCGUUGUGUGGCGGCCAAUGUGGCAGGCAGCACGGAUUUGCAGUAUGGCCUGCGGGUCAAUGUGCCACCCCGAAUCACUCUGCCACCCAGCCUACCAGGCCCAGUGCUACUUGGCGCACCCUUCCGACUGACCUGUAAUGCCACCGGUGCCCCCAGCCCCACACUGAUAUGGCUGAAGGAUGGAAAUCCCGUGUCCCCUACAGGGACCCCUGGUCUCCAGGUCUUCCCAGGAGGCCGGGUCCUCACUGUGGCCAGUGCCCGGGCCUCUGAUGCAGGCAGCUACUCUUGUGUGGCGGUGAGUGCUGUGGGUGAGGAUCGCCGGAACAUCACCCUGCAAGUUCACAUGCCCCCCAGCAUCCUUGGAGAAGAGCUGAACGUGUCUGUCGUGGUCAAUGAGUCAGUGACACUGGAGUGCCAGAGCCACGCUGUACCACCCCCUGUGCUGAGCUGGCGGAAGGAUGGGAGGCCCCUGGAGCCUCACCCUGGCAUUCACCUCUCUGCCGACAAGGCCUUGCUGGAGGUGGACCGAGCAGAGGUAUGGGAUGCCGGACGCUACACCUGUGAGGCCUUGAACCAGGCAGGCCGCUCUGAGAAGCACUUCAACCUGAAUGUCUGGGCCCCUCCAGAGUUCCUGUCAAAGGAGCCCUACACCCUGACUGUGAACGAGGGGCAGACGGCCAGACUGUCCUGCGACUGCCAGGGUAUCCCCUUCCCCAAGAUCUCAUGGAGGAAAGAAGGUCAGCCCCUGCCUGGGGAGGGGGACAACCCGGAGCAGGUGUUGGCAGUAGGGAGGCUGCUGUACAUGGGACAGGUCCAGUCAGCCCACAAGGGGACAUACACCUGUGAAUGCAGCAACGUGGCCGGGACCAGUAGCCAGGACCAGCAGCUGGAGGUUCAGGUUCCCCCUCAGAUCACUGGCCCUCAGGACUCCCCUACGACAGUCUCGGUGCUCCAUGGUGGGGAGACUGCUCUGGAAUGUAACGCUACAGGGAAGCCCCUGCCGGUGGUGACAUGGGAGAAGGAUGGCCAGCCUGUGGGGACCGAGCCUGGCCUGCGGCUUCAGGACCAGGGCCGGAGUCUACACGUGGAACAGGCACAGGCUAGCCACGCUGGUCACUACAGCUGCGUGGCCGAGAACGUGGCCGGGCGGGCCGAGAGGAGGUUCGCACUCUCUGUGCUGGUUCCCCCUGAACUCAUCAGAGACUCAGAUCCACUGACCAAUGUCACCACUGCCUUGCAUGGCUCCUUGACGCUGCUCUGUGAAACCACAGGGAUCCCACCUCCCACAGUCCAGUGGUUCCGGGAAGGGCAGCCAAUCAGCCCUGGGGAGGACACCUACCUUUUGGCAGGUGGCUGGAUGCUGAAGAUGACCCAGGCACAGGAGCAGGACAGAGGCCUCUAUUCAUGCCUGGCCAGCAAUGGGGCUGGGGAGGCACGGAGAAACUUCAGUGUGGAGGUGCUGGUUCCUCCCAGGAUUGAAAACGAGGACCCAGAGGAGGUUGUCAAGGUACCUGAGGGACGGACUGCGCAGCUGGAAUGCAAUGCCACAGGCCACCCACCACCCAAGAUCACAUGGUUCAAAGAUGGUCGGCCCCUGGCUGUUGGAGACCCCUAUGAGAUAUCCCCAGAUGGCAUCCUCUUAUGGGUCCCCCAAGCCAACCUGUCCAAUGCCGGCCACUACUCCUGCAUUGCUGCCAACGCGGUGGGGGAGAAGACCAAGCACAUGCAGCUCAGUGUUCUUGUGGUUCCCACCAUCCUGGGAGUGGCUGAGGACAGUGCUGAUGAGGAGGUGACGGUGACCAUCAACAAUCCUAUUUCCCUCAUCUGUGAGGCGCUGGCCUUUCCUUCCCCCAACAUCACCUGGAUGAAGGAUGGGGUUCCUUUUAAGGCCUCCAAGAAUGUCCAGCUGCUCCCAGGUACCCAUGGGUUGCAGAUCUUGAAUGCCCAGAAGGAAGACUCCGGCCAGUACACAUGUGUGGUCACCAAUGAGCUAGGAGAAGCCACAAAGAACUAUCAUGUGGAAGUCCUCAUCCCCCCUUCCAUCUCUAAGGAUGACUCCUUGGGGGAGGUAGGUGUGAAAGAAGUAAAGACCAAAGUCAACAGCACCCUGACCCUGGAGUGUGAGUGCUGGGCCGUGCCCCCGCCCUCUAUCAGCUGGUACAAGGAUGGACGGCCUGUGACCCCCAGCCAAAGGCUCCGUGUUCUGGGGGAGGGAAGGCUGCUCCAGAUCCGGCCCACGCAAGUCUCUGACUCUGGCCGAUACCUGUGCGUGGCCACCAACAUGGCUGGUGAGGAUGACCAGGACUUCAAUGUUCUCAUUCAAGUGCCCCCCAUGUUCCAAAAGGUGGGUGAUGCUGAUGCAGACUUUGAAUUCCUGCCCCACGAGGAGGAGGCCCGGGGUGGGGUGACAGAAUACCGGGAGAUCGUGGAGAACAACUCAGCCUACCUGUACUGUGACACCAAUGCUGUCCCACCACCAGAGCUCACGUGGUACAGGGAGGGUCAGCCCCUGUCAGCCGCGGACGGGGUUUCAGUGCUUCAAGGUGGCCGGGUUCUACAACUGCCCCUGGUGCGUGCAGAGGACGCAGGGCAGUACUCAUGCAAGGCCUCCAACGAGGUGGGCGAGGACUGGCUACACUAUAGACUGCUGGUGCUGACUCCCCCUAUGAUCCUGGGUGACACAGAGGAGCUGGUAGAGGAGGUGAUCGUCAAUGCCAGCAGCGCCGUCAGCCUGCAGUGCCCAGCCCUGGGGAACCCGGCACCCACGCUUUCAUGGCUUCAGAACGGGCUGCCUGUGUCCCCAAGUCCUCGGCUGCAGGUCCUAGAGGAGGGACAAGUCUUGCAGGUUUCCACAGCAGAGGUGGCUGAUUCUGCCAGCUACAUGUGUAUAGCGGAGAACCAGGCAGGCUCAGUGGAGAAGCUGUUUACCCUCAAGGUCCAAGUCCCGCCACAAAUCUCUGGAGGAAACUUCGAGCAGGUCACCGCCAUCCUCAAUAGCAGCGUCUCUCUCCCCUGCGAAGUCAAUGCUCACCCAAACCCUGAGGUCACAUGGUACAAGGAGAAUCAGCCUCUGUCUCUGGGUGAAGAGAUUUUCCUCCUCCCUGGCACCCACACACUGAGACUGUCUAGAGUGCAGCUGGCUGACUCUGGCACCUACCUGUGUGAGGCCCUCAACGCAGCAGGCAGAGACCAGAAGGUGGCAAAGCUCAGUGUUCUGGUUCCCCCCAGCUUUAGACAGGCUCCCGAUGGCCCCCAGGAGACUGUCUUGGUGAGAACAGGGAACACAGCUAUCCUGAGCUGCGAGACAGACUCGGUCCCAGAGCCAACUGUGACCUGGUACAAGGAUCAGCAGCCGCUGGCCCUGGUGCUGCGGAUGCAGGCUCAGCAAGCUGGACAGAAGUUGGAGAUUCUGGAUUCCCAGGUGUCAGAUAAAGGGGUGUACAGCUGCCGGGUCAACAACACAGCCGGAGAGACCACCCGGACCUUCGUCCUCACCGUCCAGGUGCCCCCAAUGUUUGAGAAGCCUGAGACAGAGACAGUGAGCCAAGUAGCUGGAAGGCCCCUAGUCCUGGCCUGUGAUGUGUCCGGGGUCCCAGCACCCACUGUUACUUGGCUGAAGGACAGAAUGCCCGUGGAGAGCAGCGUGGUGCAGGGUGUGAUCUCACGGGGCGGCCGCCUCCAGUUUAGUCACCUGCAGCCGCCCCAGGCCGGCACCUAUACCUGUGUGGCUGAGAACGCCCAGGCCGAGGCCCGCAAAGACUUCAAGGUGGCCGUACUGGUGGCUCCCCAGAUCAGACGCUCAGGCGUGGCAGAAGAACACAAUGUGUUAGAGGGACAGGAGGUGCAGCUGGACUGUGAGGCUGAGGGACAGCCGCCGCCAGAGAUAACCUGGCUGAAGGAUGGUGGCCCACUGGCCCAGCAUGUGGGGCCUCGCCUCCGGUUCUACCAGGAUGGCAGCACCCUGGUGCUAAAGGGCUUGAAGGCUGGGGACUCAGGCGCCUACACCUGUGUGGCCCACAACCCAGCUGGGGAGGAUGCCAGGCUGCACACAGUGAAUGUAUUAGUUCCCCCCACCAUCGAGCCGAGAGCUGGUAGCUCAGGGACCCUGGUGAGCAAAACUGGAGAACUCGUGACCAUGGCAUGCCCCGUCCGGGGUUCUCCUCCCAUCCAUGUGAGCUGGCUCAAGGACGGUCUGCCCCUUCCUCUCUCCCAGCGUACCCUCCUCCACAGUUCCGGCCGCACCCUCAGGAUUUCUCAGGUGCAGUUGACAGAUUCGGGUGUCUUCACCUGUGUGGCCGCAAGCCCAGCUGGCGUGGCUGACAGGAACUUCACCUUGCGGGUGCUCGCGCCCCCCAUCCUGGAACCAGUGGUAUUCCAGAAUGACGUGGUGGCUGUCCAAGGCUCCCCAGUGGUCCUCCCAUGUGAGGCCCGAGGAAACCCCCUGCCCCUCGUGUCGUGGAUGAAAGAUGGGGACCCCUUGUUGCCCCAGAGCCUCGAGCAGGGGCCUGGCUUGCAGCUGGAGGCAGUGCAUGUAGCUGACUCGGGAACCUACUCUUGUGUAGCGGCAAGCGAAGCAGGCGAGGCCAGAAGGCACUUCCAGCUGACUGUGAUGGAACCCCCUCAUAUUGAGGACUCUGGCCAGCCUUCAGAACUGUCACUGAUACCUGGUGCCCACCUGGAACUCCUGUGCAAUGCCCAGGGCAACCCCAUGCCCAACAUCACCUGGCAUAAGGACGGGCAGGUGCUGAACAAGCAGGAGGAUAACAAACAAUCUGGCCGCGUGCUGCGGGUGCAGAGUGUACAGGUGGACGAUGCUGGACUGUACACCUGCCUGGCAGAGAGUCCUGCAGGUGAAGUUGAAAAGAGUUUCCGGGUCAGAGUUCAAGCCCCUCCAAAUGUUGUUGGGCCCCGAGGUCCCCGCUCUGUAGUUGGCUUGGCCCCAGGGCAGCUGAUCCUGGAGUGUUCAGUGGAGGCAGAGCCCACACCUGAGAUUGAAUGGCAUCGAGGUGGCGUGCUGCUGCAGGCAGAUGCCCACACUCAGUUCCCAGAGCAAGGCAGGUUCCUCCAGCUGCAGGCGCUGAGCACAGCUGAUGGUGGGGACUACAGUUGCACGGCCCGCAACGCUGCCGGCAGCACCAGCGUGGCCUUCCAUGUGGAGAUCCACAAGGCACCCGCCAUCCAGCCAGGACCCAAUGCUGUGAAUGCUUCAGUGAACCGCACAGCCCUGCUGCCCUGCCAGGCCCACGGUGUACCCACACCCCUUGUGAGCUGGCGGAAGGAUGGGGUCCCUCUGGAUCCUGGGAGCCCCAGGCUCCAUUUUUUGUCUGAGGGCUCCCUGCGGAUCCAGCCAGUCUUGGCACAAGAUGCCGGCCACUACCUCUGCCUGGCAUCCAACUCCGCUGGCUCUGACCGUCAAGGCCUGGACCUCCGAGUGUUUGAGCCCCCGGCCAUUGCUCCUGGCCCCUCCAACCUGACCCUGACUGCCCACAACCCAGCCUCGCUACCCUGUGAGGCCAGCGGCUCCCCUAAGCCCGUAGUGACCUGGUGGAAGGAUGGACAGAAGCUGGACUUCCACCUGCAACAGGAAGCCUACCGGCUCCUGCCCUCCAACGCUCUGCUCCUUGCGGCCCCCAGCCCGCAGGACUCAGCCCAGUUUGAGUGUGUUGUGAGCAAUGAGUUGGGCGAGUCCCGCAGGUCCUACCAAGUGACUGUCCAUGUGCCUCCCACCAUUGCGGAUGACCAGACGGACUUCACAGUGACCAGGAUGGCACCCGUGGUCCUCACCUGCCACAGUACAGGUGUGCCGACCCCGACUGUGUCCUGGAGCAGGGCGGGCACCCAGCUGGGAGCAAGGGGAAGUGGUCAUCGAGUCUUGCCAUCGGGCGCCCUGGAGAUUGAGCAGGCUCUUCCCAUCCACUCCGGCCGCUACACCUGCACAGCCCGCAAUUCUGCCGGCAUGGCCCGUAAGCAUGUGGUCCUCACAGUACAAGCCUCUCCUGUGGUGAAGCCGCUGCCCAGCACGGUUCAAGCUGUGGCAUCAGAGGAGCUGCUGUUGCCCUGCGAGGCUUCUGGCGUCCCUCAGCCAACUGUCACCUGGCGGAAGGAGGGCCUCAGCAUCCCUACAGGAGCACGUACUCAGGUCCUCCCCAGUGGUCAGCUGUGGAUCACUCACACCAACCCUGAAGACGCUGGGAACUACUUCUGCAUCGCCCAGAACAGAGUGGGCAGCGCUAUGGCAAAGACCAGGCUGGUGGUACAAGUGCCACCUGUGAUUGAGAAUGGCCUCCCAGACCUGUCUAUCACCGAGGGCUCCCACGCCCUCCUGCCCUGCAAAGCCAAGGGCAGCCCCGAGCCCGCCAUCACCUGGGAGAAGGACGGCCAGCCUGUGUCCGGAACUGAGGGCAAGUUCACCCUGCAGCCUUCUGGAGAGUUGCUGGUGAAGAACUCUGAGAGCCAGGACGCUGGUACCUACACCUGUACCGCAGAGAAUGCUGUGGGCCGAGCCCGCCGCCGCGUGCACCUCACCAUCCUGACGCUGCCUGUCCUCACCACCCUGCCUGGGGACCGCAGCCUGCGCCUUGGGGAUAGGCUAUGGCUUCGCUGUGCAGCUCGGGGCAGCCCAACACCCCGCAUUGGCUGGACUAUCAAUGACCAGCUCGUCACAGAGGGUGUGUCUGAACAGGAUGGGGGCAGCACACUGCAGCGGGCAGCUGUCGCCAGAGAGGACGGAGGGACCUACGUGUGCUGGGCUGAAAACAGAGUGGGCCGUGUGCAGGCUGUCAGUUUCGUCCAUGUGAAGGAGGCUCCAGUCCUGCAAGGGGAGGCCUUCUCUUACCUGGUGGAACCUGUAGGGGGCAGCAUCCGGCUAGACUGUGUAGUCCGUGGAGACCCAGCACCAGACAUCCACUGGACCAAAGACGGCCUUCCGCUGCCAAUCAGCCGCCUCCACCUCCGGCUGCAGAACGGCUCACUGACCAUCCUCAGGACCGAGAUGGAUGACGCGGGACAGUACCAGUGCCUGGCCAGGAACGAGAUGGGCGCCGUGAAGAAAGUGGUGGUGCUGGUCCUUCAGAGUGCCCCUAUGUUCCAGGUGGAGCCUCACGACAAGACUGUGAGGUCCGGGGAGGAUGUGGAGCUGCGGUGUCGGGCCACUGGAGAGCCAGCACCCACCAUUGAGUGGCUACGGGCAGGUAGACCUCUACGGGCUGACCGGCGGCUCCGGACCCUGCCAGACGGGAGCCUAUGGCUGGAGCGUGUGGAAGCUGGAGAUGCUGGAGCUUAUGAGUGUGUAGCUCACAACUUUCUGGGCUCUGCCACAGCCAAGGCGUCGCUGGCUGUGCGAGGGGAGCCCUGGGGGAGCCUGGGUAGCAUGACAGGGGUAAUCAAUGGCCAGGAAUUUGGCAUGGCUAGCCUCAACACCAGUGUGCAACAAGAGGACAGUUCUGGGGUCACCACCAUCCGGAGCACCAUCAGCCACGUCCCAGCAAGUUUAGGGCCUCUGAUGCGGGUGCUCGUGGUCACCAUUGCCCCCAUUUACUGGGCUCUGGCUGGAGAAAGUGGGGAAGCCCUGAAUGGCUACUCCCUGACUGGAGGCAGUUUCCAGCAGGAGUCACACAUGGAGUUUUCUACAGGAGAACUGCUCACAAUGACCCAGGUGGCUCGAGGCCUGGAUCCUGACGGGCUCCUGCUCCUUGACGUGAUGAUCAAUGGUGUGAUCCCCGAGAGCCUUGCUGACGAAGAUCUGCAAGUGGGGGACUUUGAGGAGCGCUACGUGCAGACAGGGCCUGGCCAGCUGUUCGUGGGCUCCACACAGCGCUUCCUCCACGACAGCCUCCCAGCCUCACUGCGCUGCAACCACAGUAUCCACUAUGAUGAGACCCGGGGCCCCCAGCCCCAGCUGGUGCAGCACCUGAGGGCGUCGGCUAUCAGCUCGGCCUUCGACCCUGAGGCAGAGGCCCUGCGCUUCCAGCUCACCACUGCCCUGCAAGCUGAAGCAAAUGAGGUCGGCUGUCCUGAGGGCUUUGAGCUGGACACCCAGGGAACAUUUUGUGUAGACAGGGACGAGUGCUCCAGCGGCCCCAGCCCCUGCUCCCACUCCUGCCGCAAUGCUCCUGGUCACUUCUUAUGCUCCUGCCCUGCUGGCUUCGCCCUGGCGUGGGAUGACAGGAACUGCAGAGAUGUGGAUGAGUGUGUGGGGGACACCCACCUCUGCCAGGAGGGGCAACGCUGUGUAAACCUGCUGGGAUCCUACAACUGUCUCCCUGACUGUGGGCCUGGCUUCCGGGUGGCUGCUGAUGGGACUGGCUGUGAAGAUGUGGAUGAAUGUCUGGAGCAGUUGGAUGAGUGUCAUUACAACCAGGUCUGUGAGAACACCCCAGGGGGUCACCACUGCAGCUGCCCCAGAGGGUACCACCUCCAGGGCCCUGGCCUGCCCUGCCUAGACAUCAACGAGUGCCUAGAGCUACCCACGCCCUGUGUCUACCAGUGCCACAACCUCCGAGGGGGCUACCGCUGCCUGUGCCCACCAGGCCAGACCCUCCUGCGGGAUGGCAGGACCUGCACCCCCCUGGAACAAAGCAGACAAAACAUUACCACCGUCAGCCACUGGGGCCACUUUGUGCCCUGGUUGCGUCCCUGGAUACCCAGGCCUGGUGGCUCUUACCAUGCCUGGGUCUCCCUCCGGUCUGGUUCUGGAGGCCAGAACAAUGUGGGCCGGGCUUGGUGCCCACCUGGCUUCAUUAGGCAGAAUGGCGAAUGUACAGACCUUGACGAGUGCCGAAUGAGGAGCCUGUGCCAGCAUGCCUGCCGCAAUACAGAGGGCAGCUACCACUGCCUCUGCCCCAGUGGCUACCGCCUCCUCCCCAGUGGGAAAAACUGCCAAGACAUCAACGAGUGUGAGGAAGAUGGUAUCGAGUGUGAGCCUGGCCAAAUGUGCUUCAAUACCCGCGGCAGCUACCGCUGUGUGGACACACCCUGUCCUGCUGCCUACAGGCAGGGCUCCAGUCCCGGGACUUGCUUUCGCCGCUGCUCCCAGGACUGCAGCGCCAGCGGCCCAUCUACGCUUCAGUACCGCCUGCUGCCGCUGCCCCUGGGCGUGCGCGCCCACCACGACGUGGCACGCCUGGCCGCCUUCUCCGAGGCCGGGGUCCCCAACAACAGCACCGAGCUCAGUGUGCUGGAGCCCGACCCCCGCAGCCCGUUUGCUCUGCGCCAGCUGCGCGCCGGCCACGGUGCCAUCUACACCCGCCGCACGCUCACCCGCGCCGGGCUCUACCGCCUGACCGUGCGCGCAGCAGCGCCGCGCCACCAGAGCCUCUACGUCCUGCUCAUCGCUGUGUCUCCCUACCCCUACUGAGCCGGGCAAGGCCACCAGGCUGCAGCUCCAUCGUGACCUUCCGGGGCGGAACAGGGCGACCCUGGCCCACGACACCUGCGGUGACAAGUGGACGUCCUCUUCUCCUGCCCCUUGCGUCAGCGAGACCUUCUGUAAACACCGCUGUGCGCAGGGCCUUGACCUCAGGACAGUGGGUGCUGCCCCUUGUUAGCAAAGCUGGCCGACGGGCCUGAAUCCUGGUCUGCUCCAAAUCUCAGCGGGGAGCUGGGCCAGGUCUCAGGGGUCCAGGACUCCAGGGAGGACAGAGCCCUCCAGGGUGGGGGUGGAACUGGCAGUCACUGUCCACACCGGGCAUGUGGCCCGGAUCAGGGACUGUGUAUAAUAUAAAAACAAUUAUGGUUUUUUUUUUUUUACUGACCUGAUUUUUCGUUCAGUUAUUUUAGCUUGCAAAGGAGGGGCCUGGGAGAGCCCUGACCAGUCUGUGCUGUGAUUUUAGAGUCACUGUGUCAAGCAGACCCUGAUGCUAAGAAGUCAUAAGGUUUCCCUCAGGUUGGCUAUUUGCUGCCAAAUAGGACUACUGAACAGGGCCUCCCUUCUCCCAUAGAGCUGAGGGAGAAUUAGUGAAAAUUAAAGGUUCUUAGACAGCAAUACAUGGUUGCAAAAAAAAAAAAAAA